AUGGCUCGACCAAGUGCAAUUUACAGAUCGUCGCAGCCGACGGCAAUCCCACGAACAAGAUACAAGUUCCCGCUUCUGGAGUCCAAGGAGCUGGUGUCGCUGUUCGAUACGAUGGACUUCGACAUCAGUGAAGCCAUGUUGAUGAAGCCUACACCUAGUUUCAUGCAAAGUCUGAUAGAGCAAAUUAUGGACAAGUUUUUGUACGUUUCGCCACACUCGCUGAAACAGAAGAUUCAACAGAUCGAGACAAACGAGCAAGACGACCAAGAAGGGUUGCAGAACUCUUUGAAUGUUGUUGCUUGUCAGAGAAUAAUGCACAAGUUUUUGUGCGACUGCGGAGUCGACGACUUUAGUAUUCGGGACGUGGCGAAACCAGAACCGUCGCGAGUGCGCAUCAUUUUGAGCGCGUUGAUCAACUACGCGAGAUUCAGAGAAGAGCGGAUGGGCGACUGCGAACAGCUGUUGGCAUCGAGUGAAAACACGCUAGCACAGUACAAAAACGCGUUGAAAGUUAACAAUUCGCUCAAGAAGAACUACGAUGACCUCACAAACAAGAUCUCGCACAACGGAUACAACGAGGAGGAGAUUAAUGCCAAAAACCAACAGCUCCAGAACGAAUUGAAAAGUCUUACCGAGACCCAGCAGCAGCUCGCGGCCUCCCGCGCAGAGUACAAGACCCAGAAGUUUGGGCUUAUAAGAGAGUUGGAGAACCAGAACUCGCUCUUGCUGGAGUGCGAAAAGGAACUCGAGAAACUCACUCCGUACGUCAGAGAGUCGCCAGAGAGCGUCAAGGAGGUUAUUGCGCGUUUGAAAGAGAGCUUGGUGAGCGAACAAGCACAGUUGACCGAGCUGGAACUCAGAUCGAAAAACAUGUCUAUCUCAAUGGACUCCUUCCAGCAGCUGACUCACGAGUUCCGCAACUAUCACCGACUUCUUGAAGAGAUCCAGAUCGAGUUCAACAAGCAAGAAAAGUCUUCAGAGUCGAUCCAGAAACUACAAGAGGAGAUCCAGCGGACCGAUGUCGAGCUGAAUGACAAGACAAGACAAAUCGGUCAUUUGUCGAAGCAUCUGGCCUCACAGAAGGAAAAACUUGUGCAGUUCAAAGAAAACACAAACCAGAAACUGGUACAGCUUGAACAGAAACUCAACGAACUGCGCCAGGAGAGAACACAGCUGUUGCAGAAGAAAGUGGAGGAAGACGAGAUUGUCAGAAACAAAGAGAACGAGGCCAUCGACUGGGAAACUCAGGCAGAAAAGCUCCGCAAGGAUUUCGAGUCUGAGUGCAAAGGCGCCAGCUACGAGAUGAAAGAACUGAACUCUAAAAUCAACUUCUACGUGGACGAGAUGUCCAAUCGCAUCAACCAGUUCGCCGCCGAGUCAUUCUGA